AUGGCGAAAGCGUUGGACGUUGCUCGACGUUACUUGUGGGUUGCUUGCGAGAGCUACAAGAGCCAGUUAAGGCGCGGUAGAUACUUUCUCCAUGAGCACCCGUGUGGGGCGUCAAGUUGGGCGGAAACCAGCGCGCGCCGGGAGUUCUUGGACGAUCCUGAAAUGUAUUGGGAUGAUGUCAACGGCGGCUGGUUAGAGCCGGCGUUGGUUUUGCGCUCCAAGUAUGAUCUGAAGGUGACUGGUCAGCUAAGGCUCGGCACCGGGGAGGGCCAGGAAGUGGUCUUCCUUAACCGUGUGCUCAGGAUCGCCGGACCUCCAGGGGAGGGCGAUUUUGAAGUUGAAGCGGACCCAGGGCACGCCGAGAUGAUCGUUCAGGAUCUCGGCCUGGCAUGUUCGAGCGCUAAGUCGCUGGACACGCCCGGGCUGGAGAAGGAGGAGGCAGAGAAGGAGCAGCGAGAUGCAUCACCGCCGUUGGUAGGUGACGCCAUUAAGCUGUACAGGAGUGCCACGAUGAGAGCCGCCUAUCUGGCGCCCGACCGGGCAGAUCUAGGAGACGCAGUCAAGAACCUUGCGAAAUACAUGCAAGCACCAAAGCAGUGUGACAUGUCAAGGUUGAAGAGACUCGGGAGGUACCUCAAAGGGAGGCCUCGGGCGGUCCAGCGUUUCAGGCGGAAUAGGAAGAUUUCGCCAGAUGAUCCUGUCAACGUCGUUGUGAUGGUUGACAGCGAUAAUGCCGGGGACAAGGUGACGAGACGCUCAAUUGUGGGCACAGUCACUUUUGUGAACGGCCACUGUGUUCAGCAUUCGUGCAAUCUUUUGCAGGUGAUUGGCUUGUCGAGUGGGGAGAACGAGUAUUACGCGAUCUCCACAGGGGCUUGUCAGGGCCUCGGGAUCAAAGGCUUACUUGAGGAUUGGAACAUCUCGUCUGCAGUGAAAGUUGCCAUCAAAUCGGACAGCUCGGCUGCGCGCGGGUUCGCCUCGCGCCGUGGCGUCGGCAAAAUGAAGCAUAUUCAAACUCGGUACCUGUGGGUGCAAGAGAGAAUUGCGCUGCGACGCCUUGAGCUGAGCAAGGAUCUAGACGAGGCCUCGAACUCUGAGUUUGAAGCCGAGGCAGAGGCCACCAGCCUCCUUUUCGACGAGGCGCUUCGAGCGCCGACUCUGAAGUUGCCAGACAGAUAG